GCCGUUUUGGGCGAUUUUUCCUAUGAGAUGAGACGUUGCGGGGUCGUGCUUAAAAAGGUCGGCAUCCGGCGGCUUGCCGCCUGAUGCCCUCGACCAAUGCUCGGACUGUAGCGCUGCGGGCGGCCACAGUGGCUCCAUCGUCGCCUGCAGCAGCUUGUCGAGAAGCCACAACGCAUGCUGCCACGCCCCGUCCUUCUCGCAGGCAGUGAUUUCGGCUCGUCGGCGCCGUUCGGGCCGUCUCGACGACAUUGGGCUCCAGCUCCGCCUCCCGCAUCUCGCUCAGCAGCGCCCGCGCACGCUGCCACCGCUCGCCCUUCGCAGAACUUGGCUCUGGGCUCCGACUUCGCAUCACACAACUCGCCGAACAACCUGCGACAUUGGGCUCCAACUUCACAGCCAACAUCCGGCUGAACUACGGCACGGCACGGUUUCAUUGAUCGCCAUUCUCACACGUGCUGAUCCCAUGGUUGUGGCUAACCAAGGCGGGCCCAUGUAAUGGUAUUCCCAGCGGUUUCAUGCACGAUGGAAUGCCCCUGCCAAGUUCAAAACACUGAUGUCCGUCAAUAUAGUCGCAGUGGUUGCCCAGAAGGUUCCCACGCACACGCAGUGUUUCUCAAGAUGCUCGAAAGCGCGAAAAACCGACCUGAAGAUGGCCAGGGAAUCCUACCAAGUGGCGAGACGACCUCUCGUACGCUGUGAUGCCCAGAUUGUAGCUGUUUUCGUUCGGCUCCAAAUAGCUAUUCCGCAUCUCGCCGAGCAGCGACAACGCCUGCCGCCACUGACCGCACCUUCCACACGCGACGAUCUCAGCGUUGUAGCUGAUGACGCUCGGCUCAAGCUUCACCUCCUGCAUCUCGCCGAGAAGCUCCAGAGCCCGCUGCCACUGCUCGCCCUUCUCGCAAGCGCUGAUCCCCGCAUCGUAGCUGAUGACGUCGGGCUCCACUUCGCCUCCCGCAUCUCGCUCAGCAGCGCAAGCGCAUCCUGCCACUGCUCGCUCUUCUCGCACGCGCUAAUCCCAGCGCUGUAGCUGAUGACGUCGGGCUCCACCUUCGCUUUCCGCAUCUCGCUCAGCAGCGCCAGCGCCCGCUGCCACUGCUCGCCCUUCUCGCAGGCACUGAUCACAGCAUUGUAGCUAGAUGACAGUGGGCUGCAAUGUCGUCUCGAACAUCUCGCUGAGCAGCGACAAGGCCCGCUGCCACUGCUUGCCUUUGUCACACGCGCUGAUCCCGGUGCUGUAGCUGAUGACGCAGGGCACCAGCUUCGCCUUACACAUUUCCCCCCACAACGCCAAAGCCCGCUGCCACUGCUCGCCCUUCCCGCACGCGCUGAUCCCAGCGUUGUAGAUCUGAUGGUAUCGGGCUCCAAUUUUGUCUCGACCAUCUGGCUGAGCAGCGACAGGGCAGGCUGCCACUGCUGACCUUUCUCACACGCGCUGAUCCCAGCACUGUAGCUUUGAAGACGUCGGGCUCCAGCUUCGCCUCCCAAAUCUCGCUCAACAACGCGAGCGCCCACUGCCACUGCUCACCCUUCUCGCAUGCGCUGAUCCCAGCAUUGUAGCUUAAUGACGUCGGGCUCCAGCAACACCUCCCACAUCUCGCUCAACAGCACGAGAGCCGGCUGCCACUGCUCGCCCUUCUCGCAGGCGCUGAUCCCAGCAUUGUAGCUAUGGCGUUGGGUUCCAACUUCAGCUGCCGCAUCUCGCUCAACAACGCGAGCGCCGGCUGCCACUGCUUGCCCUUCUCGCACGCACUGAUCCCAGCGCUGUAGGUAAAUGACGUUGGGCUCAAACUUCGACCCCCACAUCUCGCUGAGCAGCGACAGGGCUCGCUGCCACUGCUGUCCUUUUGCGCACGCGCUGAUAGUGGCAACGUAACAGCCAUGGCUGUGUUUCACGCAUGCGUUGGAUGCCUCGCAGAACAGUUGCAGCGCUUCUCUCCAUUUUUUUGUCCUACCAGACUUCUUGAAGGCUGCUUCCAAGCGAAAACCUUCUGGUCUAGAUCCUCGCUCAGCGCCUAACAUCUAAUGCGAGCCCUGAACCGACAUGUCACACAUUACCGAUUGAGCAAGAGGCUCGGGUCAAGAUGGCUUGAACCAAAAUGGCUACGGACUGUAUCGGGGCGAUCUCGGGGGCCUCUCGGGCCGUCAUGGGCAAUCAUGUAAAUUCUCCG